GAAUGUGUCUGUCAGGAAAUCUUCUCUCCAGUCCGACCAGUUUGUCAGGUUUGCUUCACACCUCGUCCAAUCAGAGCAGCUGAAUCAGUCUCAGCCCGACACUCACACAGGUGCGAGGAUGUGGCCUGAGGCUCCGAUCAUGUCCUCAGAUGAAGAUGAGUGGACGGCUGGGAUCUGUGACUGCUGCCGUAACACCAAACAGUGUUGUUGUCUGUUCUGGUGUUGUCCCUGCUUCGCCUGUAAAACCUCUCAACAGAUGGGUCAGUGUUUGUGUCUCCCCCUGCUGGACGUCUUCGGCUGCUUCCGUCCCAUCACCAUGUCCAUCAGGACAUCCACUCGCCAUCGCUACGGAAUCAAGGGCAGCCUGUGCAGGGACUGCCUCUGCUCCUCCUUCUGUCCCUCCUGUGUGUGGGGACAGGUGUCCUCAGAGAUGUCCAGCAGGACGCUUCCCACCGUUCUGAGUGACAUCUUCCAGCGCUGAUGACGUCAUCACUGCUCCUCAGCACGGCCUGAUUGGUCUGUGGAGGGAAAUGUGAUUGUAAAAUAAUAAUAUGAUAAUUUUUUUGAGCCAGUUGUUUAUAUUUGUAUUUUUUUAUUCUCAUUAAAUGUGUCUGCUAUCUUUGAAAUAAAAGGUAUAAGUAAAACUGCAGAAGACCAAGCGGGCUUCCUGUGGCUGCUACCGGAAGUGUACUCUUCAGGAGGAUUACCACGUGAUACACGUAUAAGAA